AUUUGAAAUGAAUCCCAUUCAGCAUCCUUUUAUUAGGGCCUCAACGGCUCCUUCUUCUAUUUCUUGUGGUAACUCUCCAUCACUGUCUACCAUUCCGCAAUGAGCUGCAAACAACGUUGAAGACCAGUAUUAUUAUCGGAAUUAUCGUCAAAAUUAUUACAACCACCGCCGCCACAUUUACUCGACCUCACCUUAUCCUGGGACCAAGGUUUACAAUCAAUCAUAUGUUACUCCUACGCAUCGACUUGUAUCACCUUUGCCUUCGCCACGCAUCGCAUCACUUCCACUCGGCAACAGACAGAGCCACCCAUCAAUCAUUGUAAAUCCUGACAUCAUGCCCACAAAGAAAGAAAAAGGAAAAGGCAAAAAAGAGGAUGUCGAAACGGUAGACAAAUCAUCUUUUUGGACAAAGCCAGGAAUGCAACAGUUAGUUGCAUGGCUUACUGAUCCUGACAAUCAUAGACGAAUGAACAACGCUCGCCCUACCUCAGGCAAUAAGCCUAAUGACCUCCGCCGAGAGAUAGCGGCGUAUGUGAAGAAGGAAACUGGCGUUGACUGGACUUCUGAGCAAAUCAAGUCAAAAAUACAAUACGCAAAGCAACGUUACAACCAAGCUAAGGAAGCUAAGGAAUUGAUGAUGUCCACUGAGGAAGGGAAUACGGAGAAUACAUAUGCUCUCAAAAAAGUGAAGGAUAUUUGUCCGUAUUUCGAUGACUUCGAUGCAGUAUAUGCUGGAAGUUUGGCACGAAACCCUCCCCCUUUAAUCGAGGUUGAGGACCUUACAGACCCCGCGUUUUUUGACAGUGAUUCAGACGACGCAUCUGGCACGAGUAGCGUCGCUAAUGGCAAUAGUGAAGUCGAGAUAACUAAUGAAGUUCCUUCAUCCAAAUUAACCCAGAAGAGAACAGCACAAGGCAUGGAGGCUGAAAGUCCAAAAUCAAGUAAAGGAGGACCCUCAAAAAAACGUAAACCGAAGAACGACGACAUUGGAGAACGAAUAUUGGAAGCCAUUGUCCAAACUCGUCGCGAAUUGAAUGAUUCUGAUUUGUGGAAAAAAGACAGGGAAGCCUCCCUUAUUUAUAGAGAGGAAAAUCUCGCCAGACAAGAAAUUAGAUUUGACAACGCAAAGGCCUUGUGGGAAGUCAGGAAGAUUGAAGAGGAAAAGCGAUUUCAAGAUCGAUGUGCCCAAUGGGAAGCCAAAAAGACUGAAGAGGAAAAGCGAUUUCAAGAUCGAUGUGCCCAGUGGGAAGACAAAAAGGCUCAAUGGGAAAUCAAGAAGGAACAGUGGGAGGGCACGCGAGUGCAAAUCAUGUGUGAGAAUGCAACUUUGAAGGAAAAGCUGCUUCAAAGCAAAUGAGUCCUGUUUUCUUGAACAAGAAUAAAUUUUAAUUAGCCCGACUUCUGUUUCUAUUAUUUCUAUUUUCCAAAACCAAUGCCAUGAGAUCGUUUCUCCUGUUAAUUCCUUCAAGUCCUUCGUGGACUCUCAUCCUAC